AUGGACAAGACACGGAAGAACAGAACGCCCUUAUCCAAGACGCCCAAGAAAGAUCACCUCAAGAAUCCCUCUCAUCCCUAUACCUUUGAACACCUUCACAACGCGUACAUCACCUCUCUGUCCCACGGCAACAGCAUGCCUCUCACGUCCAAAAAGAGAAAGUCCGCAGCCGCCGACGACAGUGACCAGGAUGUGGCCACCACCAAACGUGGCAAAGGCGCCUCCGGGAGUGCUUUUGUACCAUCAUCAAAACCGCAGGUGGAUUCGGAUGGAAACACGUUCUGGGAGAUCUCUAAGGCGAGGCGGGUGACCCUUUCUGAGUUCAAGGGCAAGAAACUGGUCAACAUCAGAGAGUAUUAUGAGAAGGACAAUGAGUGGCUGCCAGGAAAGAAGGGCAUCUCAAUGAGCAUUGAACAAUAUACAGCCCUCAUUCAAAUAAUGCCGCAGAUUGAAAGUGUGCUCAAGUCACAGGGCGAAAAGGUCCCCCGACCAAAUUACGACGGAAGUGGUUCUGCUGGUGACGACGAAAGCAACGAAGAAGGGGCUGAGGGAGACGAAGAGAUGGAUAGGAAGCCUAAUAUUGAAGCUACGAGUGACGAAGACGAGUGA